AGUUCCAUCGAAUGCGGUUGUGAUUUCAUAAUUUCGAAUUUCUGAUAGAUAAUAUUUAAUUAUAAUUUGAAUGGAAUAUGGAUAUGGAAAAGUUCAUCAAAAAUAUGCCCAAGGUGGAACUUCAUGCACAUCUUAAUGGCUCAUUAAGCACCAAAACUCUUUUAGAGCUCGCAACACUAGAGUAUGGAGAAACUAAUAAUGAAUUUCAAACAAUAUGUAGAAACUUUCAACAAAAUCAAGAAUUUUCUUUGGACGAAUGCUUUAAAAAGUUUCCUAUAGCACAUGCCUUGACAACAACAAAGGAUGGAUUAAGGAGAGCUUUGCUUUCCGUAAUAAGAGAUUUUUCGCAGGACAAUGUUGUAUAUUUGGAAUUACGUACUACACCAAAAUCCACCACCAAAAUGUCGAAGGUCGAGUAUUUAGAAACUGUCCUAGAAACAAUACGUCUAGCAGACUCUCUGUAUCCAGACAUUUGUGUAAAACUGUUGCCGUCUAUUGAUCGAUCAAAGGGAAUAGAAAUGGCAAAAGAAACUAUGAGUAUAGUCACCGAAGCUAUGAAAACUCAAUCGGAUCUUAUUAAAGGCAUUGACUUGAGUGGUAACCCAGCCAUUAGUUCAUUUGACGAAUAUGGCAAAAUACUAUCUGAUGCUAAAAAUAAUAAUUUAAAACUUGCACUUCACUGUGCUGAAAUCGAUAACAGUGAUGAAACCUAUAAAAUGUUACAAUUCGGUAUGGACCGAUGUGGCCAUGGAACGUUUAUUACAUCUCAAAACUUAAAUAUUGCAAAAGAAAAACAAAUCCCCAUUGAGUGUUGCCUAACAAGCAAUUUGAAGUGUGGCACUGUUAAGUCAUAUGUGGAACAUCAUUUUAAAAAUCUUUACCAAUCCAAUCAUCCUGUUGUUCUAUGUACAGACGAUCCAGGAGUAUUCGACACUACGUUGUCUGAUGAAUUUAUAAUAGCUCAAAAAACAUUUAAUUUAUCAACAAAGGACUUAGAGCUACUUUCUUUGAAAGCUGUUGAUGUUUCAUUCGCUGAUUCCGUAGAAAAGGAAUUUAUAAAACAAAAAAUUUCUAAAUAUUUUAAUGAUUAAUGAAAUUUGUAAACAAUUUUUAUGAAGGCAGUAUUGUUAAUGUGUUUAUUAAAAAGAAUAAUACAA